AAUCCCGCUUGCUUCACCUUGCUCGCAUGUCAUCGACGACCAUGAGUCCAGUCAAGGUCGGGAUCAUAGGCUACGGCAACUCUGCACGUGUCUUUCAUCUACCUCACAUCCUCUCCGUUCCGGAGCUAUCGCUCGUGGCCUUCUUCCAGCGAGCUCGAGCAUCUAAUGACGACAAGCCAAAGAGCUCGGACGAUUACCCCAAUUGCAAACACUAUCACGACUUUGACAAGUUCCUGGCCGACGAGAACAUCGAACUCGUGGUAGUGACCACGCGAGACGAUUCGCAUGCCGACUUAUCCAUAGCCGCACUUGAAGCAGGAAAGAAUGUCGUUUGCGAAAAGCCACUCGGUCAGACAUCGGAGCAAGUGUUACGAAUGCUGGAGGCUCAGAAGAGGAGCGGCAAGAUCUUAUUCCCCUUUCAAAACCGCCGAUAUGAUUCGGAUUUCCGCACUGUCCAGAGGGUCAUCCAGAGCGGAGCUCUCGGUGACAUUCACGAGAUGGCGCUCCAUUACGACUGGGACCUACCAGCAUGGAUAGCAGGCAUGGGGGAUAAGCCAUACACUCCUGGAGCAGGAAUGAUGUUUGGUAUCGGUUGCCACAAGCUGGACCAAGCUCUGGCACUGUUCGGUCGGCCGUCCACAGUCACCGGGUUUUAUCGGGCCUUGCGACCGGGAGCUGGUGAUUCCAAGAUAGACGACACAUUCACCAUCGUCUUGCACUACCCAAAGAGCGGCCCGCAUCGGAAUCUCGAAGUAGUGGUCAAGUGCAAUGUCAUAAACAAAACGAAGCACCAGUUUGCAUACUUCGUCCGUGGGACCAAGGGCAGUUUCCUCAAGUUGGGUGAAGAUCCUCAGGAAGCUCAGGUUCAGAGCGGGAUGAAGCCUUCUGACGAAGGGUACGGUGAAGAGGACGAAGACAUAUGGGGCGAUCUCGCAAGUGAGGAUCGAGCGAAUGACUCUCAGGUCAAGCGGGGAAGCCUCUGGUGUGGGAAAGUCAAAAGCGAAAAGGGUAGCUGGGGAAUGUACUACCGUGACGUCGCCAAGGCGGUUCGAGGCGAUCCUGUCGUGGUCAAGGCAGAGACAUCGGCAGAUGGUAUUCGUAUCAUUGAGCUUGCCCGCGAAAGUGCAGAGAAGGGGCGAUCAAUGGUCUUCGAGGCCUGAAGGACCUGAACGGUAUUUCGCUGAGCAUCAGAGUAGCUGGAAGU